AUGAGAAAUCUUAUUGCAAGUUUCAGACAGUCAGACUCAGAAUCUUUAUUUGAAGCAUGGGAUAGAUACAAUAAUAUACUCAUACAAUGUCCACAUCAUGGAUUAGAGAAAUGGCUAGUGUUGCAUACAUUUUAUAACGGCAUCAAUUAUCAUACUAAGGUGUCCUUAGAUUCUGCUGCUGGAGGGGCACUUAUGAAUAAAAGUUUGGAUGAAACCGAAGAUAUUAUUGAAAGUGUAGCACAAAACUAUCAUGAAUGGGCCACAGAAAGAAGUGGAGGCUAUUCCUUUUCAAAUCCAACUAAAGCAUCAGGAAAAUUUGAUGUAUAUGCAAUUACUAUGAUGUCUGCAAAACUGGAUGCUCUUACAAAGAAGCUGAAAAAUAUGGGAGCAAAUACUAGCACAGUCAAUGCCAUAGUAUGUUGUUGUGAAACAUGUGGAAGUUCUGAUCAUGCUCAAGACUCAUGUCCUUUAGUAGCUAUUUCUACACAAAUUAAUCAACUUGAGCAGUGUGAUGCCAUCGUUAGUUACAAUCAGAGACAGAACAAUCCAUAUUCAAACACAUAUAGCCUUGGGUGGAAGAAUCAUCCAAAUUUCUCUUAUAGAAAUAAUCAAGAACAAAGACCAUCUAUGGGGGCUAGACCAUGUUUCCAGCCUGGGCAACAAAAUUUUCAACAACAACCUUCUCAGAGCAAUCAAAUUUCAAGAUUGGAGAAAAUGAUUGAAGAGCUCAUCUUGAGUCAAAACAAAAUGAAGCAAGAAUUAAAGGUGCUAACUCAAAGAAUUGAUAAUUCAGAAAAGCACCAGAAAAUUCAAGAUAACCAAAUUGCCCAAGUAGCUUUAUCAUCUUCAAGAGCGUCAGGACAGUUUCCAAGAAAGCCUGAUCUUAACCCCAUGGAACACUCAUGUGAAGAUAGCAUCGUUUACUCUGGAAAGUUGAAGAAAAGAGCAGCAAUUGACACGCAGGAUAGUGAGGAGAAGCUGGAAACAGAAUUCAGUGUUACAGAAGAUGUGCAAAAUUUUAGUUCUAAAAGUGCAGAAAUAUAG